AUGCGGGGGGUCUUCGGGCACUACUUACCGCCAGAGGGCAUUGGCAACCUCCAUAAAUACGCAUACGUUUCUGGUCACCGAACUCCAUUCGAUCGGCUAAUGAACCCUUGGUGGGAAGCGGCAGAAAGAGUUGUUCCUCGCACUAUUCAUCCUAACGCGCUCACUGUAUCGAGCUGCAUAACAGCCAUAAUUGGCUGCUCUCUUCUACUGUGCUUCUGCCCCUACCUGGCCGAGCACCCACCCCGCUGGGUAUUUCUUGUGUCGGCGGCGCUCUUCUUUCUGUACCAGACAUUAGAUGCAAUUGACGGAAAGCAUGCGAGGCGCCAUCGCCUGUCGUCACCUUUGGGACAGCUAAUGGACCACGGCUGUGACAUCAUAUGCACUACUCCGCUCACUCUCCUGGGUACAGCCAUCAUAGGUGGGGGAGUGGGGCUCAGGCAGUACGCAGUUCUGGUUGUCUCGUCGCAGCUUAUUCAAUUCCUCUACACUUGGUGGGAGCUUCAUUUUGGCGUGUUUUACACCGCCACUGGAAUUAUUGGAGUGACGGAAGCACAGCUUACGAUCAUUUUGCUUUCCAUAAUUGGCGGAACCUUUGGCCCGGAGGUGUACCAUGUUAACCUUCUACAGUACCUGCCGUUAUCGGUCGGGGCGCCGCUUGCAAAGCUCGCUGCAGCUGCUGGCGUUGAUGUUACACCCAGUGUCUUGUUUCAGCUGUUGUUGUUAGCUUGCAACAUUAGCAUCUGCAUUUUAAAUAUUGUUAUGGGACUUAAGCGGGCCCCACGAUUUUGCGUCGCGUUCACACAAGUAGUGAUGUUCCUGGUGUACAUUUUCUUCCAGGGACUCGUUUACAUGCACGGCUUGGUGUGGAGGCCAGUUUUGAAUCCGUACCUAAUAUACACUGCAAUUUGCUCGACUUACGCCAUCUUGCUGUUACGCCUUUGCCUGUCGGCAACCUGUCGAUUCCCGUACAAACUCGUACAGUGGCCAAUGCUGCCUCUAGCGGCGGUAGCUGCUGCUCUCCUCUUGGGUGAUUUAACAGCGGAUCAGGAAUUGUGGGCAAUACUGGCUGUGUGUAUCUUUAACUGCAUCUAUUUGGCCGACUUCGUGUACACGGUUGUCUCCGACGUGUGCGACGGUCUAAACACCCGUUGCUUUUCUGUUCCAAAGUUAGGAACUGCCCAGACUCCUUCAGAGCAGCCAAAGAAGGCUGACUAG